CGGCCGGAGGGCCGAGGGGCGGCCGCGUCUCUCCCUCGCGGAAAGGAAGUCCGUGUCGGCGGGAAAGAGCGCUCUUUUCCUGAGGGGAAGCGGAUGACGCCGCGAGUGUCGGUGACACGCUCCCGCCCGGCCAGUGCCCUCAAGACGGGCUCCCGGAGCUCCCGCCGGGCCGGGUAUCCAUGGAUAUCAUAAAGGGAAACUUAGAUGGAAUUUCGAGACCAGCCUCAAAUUCAAGAGCACAUCUUGGGAGCAGAUGUCCCAGUGCUUCCUUAGAGGUGCUGUCCCCCGAACCAGGCUCCUUCAAGAUUGAUACUGCAAGCAAGCCAAGUCCUGGUAAAGAUAACCACUCAGGAAACAGCACUUGGGAAGGAGGAAGACCCAGCACUGCCGACAAAUGGGCUGACCGCUCUGAGAACGUGAGAGUGGCCGGGGCAGGGCCCAGCGGAGAGGGGGGCGUGGCUCAGCAUCAGACCCCUCCUGCGGGUUCAGAUUUUGCAUAUGAUCUCAAAGUGAAAGAAUCAGAUUCUCAACUUCAAGAUGCUAUUUAUAAGAUGAAAAGACUUGAUAAAAUUUUGACAAAAAGACAAAAUAGAGAAAAUAAAGUCAAGAAGCAAGGUGUAGAAAUGAGAAUAAAGCUGUGGGAAGAACUUAAGUCUGCAAAAAACAGUGAAGUCUUGCAAAGCAGUGAGGAGAUGGAAAAUACACAGAAGUUUUUAUCAUUGACUGUGGAGUCUGAAGAAACUGUUGGUCCCUCUCAUUAUGAGGAUGAAGAACAUUUUUUCUCAGUGUUUCACACUCAAGUCCCUCCAGAAGAUUAUGAAAACCGUACGCAGAAGGUCAACCAGGGUUUUACCUGUGAUGUGGAAAAAAAUGCACCAUUGAUUAAAGCAGAAAACAGCUCUUUGUCAGACACAGAGAAGCUUGAGGCGUGGGACAGACACAACCAGGAUUUUAUUAAGCGCAACGCUGAGCUGGCCAAAAAUUCAAGAGACCCUGUGGUUAUGUCUGACAGAGACAAGAAAAGGCUGGAGGAACUUUUGAAGGACUUAGACAGAGACUCGGGGCUGUCCAGUUCUGAGGGUGAUCCGCCUGGGCGCCUAGUCCCAGGAGAAGGAUAUACGCUGGCACCCAGCCAGCACCAGCAGCUGGCUGAAAUCGACACAAAACUCCAAGAGCUGUCCACGGCCUCUCCAAGACAUGAGAGUCAGAAUGACCAGGAAUCUGCCCUUGAUGAUGAAAAAGAUAUGGGAAUAACCCCAGGAGAAAAGGUGCUUCGAGACAACAAAGAGCAACGAGAUCAGCAAAGUCGGCUGAAGGAGAUAGAGGAGAAGCUGAGGAAGAUUCAGGAAUAUGCGUUAGAUCCCACGCCGCUUCUCUCCGAGCAGCAGUUAACGUGUCUUCUGGGUGAAUGCACGUCCAGACGAGAAGCCAUCGCCAAGCCUCCUUCCGGAAGGGAAGACAGAGGCGGGAAGGCUGCCCCGGCCGCGUCCCCCCGGCCCCCCCAGCCCGCCCUCUCCGAGUCGCCAAAUGGCUCGGAUGCAAAGGUCCAGAGCACCGAGGGAGGAGACGCAGGCACGCCUGAUGCCCACGGCGGGGCCCACGCGGGCUACUACCUCACGAGAGCCCUGGAUGGGCGUCGCCUGGCAGAAGCUCUGGCCCUGGAAGCAGAGAGUAUAGAAUGUCUCCCACUCUCCAAGGAUGAGGUUACUAACGACACGCAAGACUAUUUUAUGUCCAAGACUGUUGGCAUUGGGAGACUGAAACGGCCUUCUUUCUUGGAGGAUCCACUGUAUGAUGUCACUGCAAGCCUUUGGUUGGAGGAGCAGCGUGCGGCGCUCCGUCCUCCAGAGCAAGCAACAGCAGAUGAACAGCAGACUAAACAUGUGAUGGAAGACUGUGAAGACUCUUGAAGACUUACUAGGUGUGCGCUUAAGAAAGCUGGAAAUUUUCAUUUUUUUCUGAACUGCUUUGAGUUCAAUGAAUACAUUGUAGAGACCAUUCCCCAAAUAAUGAUUUUAACAUUCCAAUUCUCUUCUCUUGUUUAUUAUGUUUCCUUGAU